GGCUGGUGCCUUAUUUCUGUCUGUGAGUUGCUUCGUGGGGGAAUACGCCGAUGGUUGUGUGGGAGGACGCACUAAAUCCAUUGACACUGACGAGGAGUAGGAAUUGUUUGUGAUCUUUUGCGUCUUACAGCAGUGUGACAUUUACAUGAGUGUAGGAGAUGUGGUGGGGAGGCUCAGAGGAAGAGCAGGUGGGGGACCCCCCACCUGCAGACACUGAGCCAGAAGCAAGCACAUCUACUGAGGACCCACUUGUGGUUAAACAGGAGCUAGGAGACCUCAAGGAGCAGUUUAGCCAGCAACAAGCCUUGAUUGGUCACCUGAAAACCAUGCUGAAGGACAAGGAUGCCUCCCUUUCAUCAAGAGAAAAGGAAGUGGAGGACCUUGCAGUCAGGUUAGCUAAAGUGAAGCCUCGACUCGAGAGAAGUGAUCCUAGGAAGAAAACAGUUCAGCAGUCAGAUAAAGGAGAACAGCAAGAGGCAGCUGGAGGUAUGCUGCUGCUCAAGCAGAAAUUAGAAGCAGGAGUUAAAAGUGGAAGUGAAGAGAAAUCAAUAGAGAAGAGGUUGCCAUCAUCUGAAAGUAGUAGCAGAGCAAAGAUUCUACUUCUCAGAAAACAGCUUGAAGAAAACAGACAGAAGUUUGAGCGUCAGCAAAAGGAUAAUGCGGAAAAAAGAGCAAGUAUGGAGGAGAUGAAACAAAGGAUAGAGAAGCUACGAUCAGAAGUUGAACAGCGAGACAGUCUCAUCCAUUCUCUUCAGGAAGGAAGCAGCUCUAUGACAGAUGAAACAAUGACACAAAAACUCUUGCAGCAAAUCCUAUACAAAGACAAUACUCUUCUUGAACUUACACAGAAGGUAGAACGUUUGGAAGAAGUAAUUCAGGAACAACGGGAGUCUUUAAAUGAAAAGGAUAGACUGAUAGAGUCAAGAACUGAAGCAGUGACAUUGGUUGCAAAGUCUGAGAAUGAGAAGAACUUAAAGACCUUACAAGAACUGGAAGAAGUUAGAUAUCAAAUGAAAAAGAUGCAGGAAGAAUUUAUUGCAAAAGAAGAGUCUUUUGUAAAUGAGAAAGAAGCUCUAACUAGGGAAAUUAAGGAAAAAGCCAAGAAAGUCAAACAGCUCGAAGACAACGGUCGUCGACUGGAAAACCUUAGAUUUGAGCUUAGUACUCGUAAUGCUGAACUUCAAGAAAAGAUUGUGACAAUGCAGGGUGACAUUAAAUCACUUAAAAGUCAGGCAGAAAUGGACAGGAAUAAUUCUGAAGAAAAAGAUGCUUUUGUGCAAGAUUUGAAGCAAAAAUUAGUUAAAGCAGAAGCUCAUGGUCAGAAAAAGCUCAGAGCACUUGAAAAACAACUUAAAAGCUUAAAAGUGGAUGGUAAAUCUGGCGAACAAAUACUGGAGCUGCAAAAUUCAAUUGCUGAACUAGAGGAGGAGAAAGGAAAUUUACAGCUGAAAUUGGUUGACUUUGAUGACUUAAAAGCUGCCAAUGAAAAAUUGAUUCUUCAAAGAAACAAGCUUGAGGAACAGAUAAAACAGCAGAACAAUGACCUAGAUUCACAACUUAGUGCAAUUACCUUGUUGGAAACUGAAAAAAUUAAACUAGUAGAGGGGACGAAUGAACGUGAAAAUCGCAUCUUUGAUCUUGAAACUGAAUUAGCAGCCACAAAACAGAGCUUAACAGAAAGUAAUCAGACGAUGGUUACUCUUGAGUUGAAACUUUGUGAAAUUGAGGAACAAAGGGAUAUGGCUGAAAAAGAAAAGGCAGAAUUAGAAAAUCAGAUGUCAGAGUCAAACAUCAUUUCUAAUGAUCAACUCAAAGCUGAAAAGGCCAGUCUGGAAGAAACAGUUCAGAGUAUUUUGAAAGAAAGAGAUGAGUGGCAAGAAAAGUUUACUGAUCAGAUUGCUACUGUUGAGGAGUGUAAAGAAAAAGCAAAAGGAGCUAUGCAGGAAAUGGAGGAGAAAAGUAAAGAAUGCAAACGUCUUAUGAAUAUUCUUACUGACAAAGAAAAUACAAUUACAACCAUGUCUAUAAGGAUAGAUAAACAUGAUGCAGUCAUUGCUGGUAUUGAAGAGAAAUUAUCAACAUCCAUAAAAGAAAGAGAUGAGAAAAAAGCUGAGUUAGAAGAAAUUAGUAUGGUGCUCAUGAAAGAAAGAGAAAUUAUGGAAGACUUAAAGUCACAGGUUAUUGCAAAAUCCACUGAACUUUCUUCCAAGGAAGAGGAAUUAAUUACAGUCAGGGAAAGGGUUGAAACUCUAAACAGAACUGUGAAUGAAAGAAAUAUAAAUGUACAGAAUCUAGUUGGAGAAGUUUCUUCUCUACAAGAUGAAGUUAAUGCAAAGGAGAAAUCUAUAAAUGAUUAUAUUAAUAAACUUGAGAAACUGGAAACACAUUUACAUCAGCAAGACACAAGGAUAGAAGAACUUCACUCGUUAUGCACACAGACAGAGCAGCAGCUAAAUGAGGAAAACAAAGAAUGUGUAAAAUUGAGGAAUGAACUCAUCAAUUUAUCUCUAAAAUAUGAAACAACAAAGUCUUCUCUAGAGACUGAAUUAAAUGUUAUGGUAUCUAUGAUGAAUGACUACAAAAACCAGAUUGAGGCAGCAGAUGUAGAGAUCAAAGUAAAAGAAAAAGAAAUACAAAAUAAUCAGACUGUAAUUUCCAAGUAUGAAGAAGAAAUUUGUUCCAAGAACUUGUUGAUAGAUGAGAGUGAGGCCAAGAAUAAAUCAUUGCAACAAAAUCUUGAUGAACUAAGCAUGGCUCUAUCAGAGAAGGAAACUUGUGUAUUAAAAAUGCAGGCUGAAAUGGAAGAACAUGCAAUUCAUAUUGAAAGCUUAAAUGAACUGAAUGCAAACUUGGAGAAAAAAUUAAUGGUGUUGCAAGAAGAAAAGUCACAAUUAACACAAAUAAAAGACAGUCUUGAAGAAGAAGUAAAUGAAACCAAAUCCAUAGUACAUCAAAAAGAAGAGAGCUUACUUCACUUGAACACAGAAAUAGCAAGUAAGUCUCAUGAAUUAAUGAAUGAAGUUGACUCUCUUAAAAUAGCACUAGAGGGAAAAGUUCACGAAAUUGCAACACUGCAAGACUCGGUUAGAAGCCUUACAGCUGACUUGGAGACGAGAGCAUCAGAGGUAGAGAAGUGGCAGACAGAAGCCUUAGAAAAGAGUAGCCAGCUGGCUGAGGUGACACAUACAUUGGACUCUGCUCGUCUUGAGGUACAAGGAAAAGAUUCAACAUUGAGUGAACUGUACACUUGCAUGGAACAGAACCAGGAAAAUCUUGCACUUGCUGAAGAACAGAGAAAUCAUGCACAAAGGCAGCUAUGUGAACUUCAGGAAAGCUUUAAAGUCAAAGAAAGGGAACUUAUAGAAGUUCAAAAUCAGCUAAGUGAGACUCAAGCAUCAUUGACAGAGGCAAGUCAACAUUUUGAAAAGUCACAAGAAAAACUGACUGCUGUUCAGACUGAGCUACAAGAAACACAAGGUCAGUGUCAGAAUAAUUCCUCUGUUAUAUCACAGUUGGAACAAGAACUGCUAUCAAAAUCAGCUAACAUGAAAACAGCUGAAGAACAAAUGGUUGACCAGUUACAGAACACCAAGAAAGAAUUAGAAAUAGUAAAUGCUGAACUGCAGACACAGAAAUCAAAGGUUGCUGAAUUGGAGGAAGAAGUUCAGGCAAGUAGACAGUAUGCUGAGAACUUAGAAGUAGGAUCAUCCAAAAUCCAGGAAUGGGCUACAGAAUUGCAGACAGAGUUAGAAACAAUAAAGAGAGAGCAAAUUUCUCUUCAGAAUGAACUUACAGAUGCUAAAGAGGAAUUAUCAUCAAGGAAUAAUCAGGUUGAGAACCUUCAGUUAGAAUUAGAACUAGAGAGGCAGACUGCACAAUCUCUACAAGCUGAACUUUCUCAUGCUGUCUCUCUCAGUUCACAGAGUGAAAGUGAAGGAAAAGCAGUUUCACUUUCUCAACAGCAAAAAAUCAGUCAGCUGGAAAGUGAAUUAUUAUUGGCUUCACAGACUCGUGAUCAGCUGCAGGCAGAAAUCGAAGACAAAAAUAAAUUUUUACAGAGCCAAACUGAUUUGAGCAUUGAGCUCAAUGAUAAUAUUGAAAGUCUCAAAUUAACCAUACAUGGAAAAGAUGAAGAAAUACAAGCAUUGCACAGUUCAUUACUUGAAACUCAAAAGGCAAAAUCUGAGGUUGAGAAUUCACUAAAGGAAAUUAAGGAAACGAAAGAACUUCUUGAGAGUAAUGUAACAUCACAAACACAUCCUUCAUGUACUGAGGACCAAAAAAAUAGCACAGUAAUAAGCCUGAAAAAUGACCUGACAGAAGCACAAAACCAAUCCAAACUCUUGGAAGCCGAGCGCAUUUCUCUCUAUGCCAAUGUGGAAGCACUUAAACAACAGCUGCAGGAGGCUCGUCAAACAAUUACCCUGCUUCAGACUUCCCUGGGCAGCUCAGCAGCAACAUCACAGCCUGAGUGGGAUGACUGGGGGGAGGUAGAUCUAGGCUCACCAGAUUCCCAGGAAAUUGUUCCUGUUGCAGAAAACAGUGAUGUUAUCAACCUUAAGAAGUCUCUAGCUGAUAAAGAUGAAUUGUUGAGAAUGAUACAAGAACAACUUAAAGAAGCUUUGCAGCAAGUAAAUACUUUUUCAGAAGAAAAGAAAGUUUUAGAACAGCAACGGAAAAGUGAUGAAGCUACUAUUGUUCAACAACAGCAACAACUGGAUCAAGAUCAGAAUGAACUAUCUUUGAUGAAAAAACAAUUGGAAAGCUUAAGUGAUGCUCAGAAUACUUAUGAGCAAACAAAUACAAGAAUUUCUGAGCUUGAGGAGAUAUUAGCUGGAAAACAGCAAGAAAUUGAAGUCCUUCAGCAGCAAAUUACCAACAAAGAUUCACCUACAGAUAUUCAAGAUCAAUACCAUAGUGUUACAUCAAAUACAGAUCCAAUUCAGGAAGCAUCCAUUAGUCAUUCCACUGGAAAAGUAAGUGCUGUUUGGCCUUCAAGUGAAAUAAGUGCAGGAGAGGAAGUAAAGCCACCAACAGCUGUGGGGCAUCAGGAAGCCACCAUGCAGUGGGAGCAACCUACUGAAGAAGAAUCCCUUUCUUUAUUGACCACAGCAAAUGUAGAAAGUAGUCAACAAGAUCCUGCAAGUUGGUUUGAUCAACAAGAUUUUCCAGUAACAGACACUGCAGCACCUCAAGAGCCUUCAGCUGAACCAUAUCCAGAACAAACCCAAACCCAUUCCCAGCCUCAAGUUGAUAUUGAGGAGAUGCAAUAUAAACUUUCCUGGUAUGAAGAACAAUGGUCCACCUGGACUGGCCACUACACUCAGUUGCAGACAGCUCAUGAAGAGGCACAGCAAAAGAUUGUUCAGUUAACACAACAGUUACAAGAACUUCAGCUUUCAGCAUCACCUAGUGUUGAUGUGGCUGAAAAGACUGCUUCCUGUGAUCCAGCAUCAGAUAAAGAUGAAGAUAUAUCAAAUAAGCAACAAAAAAUAGAUGAGCUACAGAACAAGCUUUCUGAGGUAGAGGCAGCUUAUGAACAGCUCAGAGAAGGAAACUCUAAACUGCAGGAAGAAUUAGAAAAUUUGAGGCGUCUCGAAGCACAAAUCGAUCCAGCGUCAGAUUCGGGUGUAAUCACUUCCCGCGUAGCAGAGGCCGAAGCAGAAGUAGACCGUUUGCGAGGGUUCGAGACUCAAGUGUAUGAACUGCAGAGUCAGGUUCAGGCACUCCAGCAUCAGUGUGAUGCCAUGCAAAACAAAUUAGCUGAAGCAGAACAUGAAAGGACCCGCCUCCAUGAAAUAGAAGUUCUUUAUGGUGAAUUACAGUCUUGCAUACAGGAGUCUGAGACCAAGAGGGAAGGCUCAAAAUCACGAGUGCAGGAGUUGGAACUAAUGGUGCAGUCAGCAGAGUCUGAAAUUGCACGCCUCAGAAACGAAAUUGUGGUGCUUAGUCAAGCCAGUGAGGUUGUGCAAAGUGAUAGAGAGAAACUCGAAACAGAUGCCCAAGGCAUGGGAGUGGAGAUGAGCAAGUUAGACUAUGAAAUUCAGCACCUACAGAGUGAGGUGAAAAAACAUAAAAAGGAAAUAGGAAGACUACAGAAUGACAAUGAAAUCUGUAAAACUGAAACUCUUAAACUUCAGACUGAAAAUGUUGCUUUUAAAUCUGAUAUAGAUAGAUUUAAACAGGAAAAUGAGAACCUUCAGAGUGAAAUUGUGGAAAUCAGAAGUCAAUAUCAGAGGUUAGAGCAAGAAAGUAAUCAGUUACGAAGUGAGUUGGAGGUCAUGGAAGGGGAACAUGGAAGACUACAGUGUGAUUACAGUGUACUUGAAGGAGAAAACAGUAGAGCAAGAGGGGAAUAUGAAGCUCUCUCUCAGGCUAACCAGAUGACUGAAGCUGAAAAGGAGAGUCUUGAGAGUGAAGUACAAAGAAUAACAGCUCAGAACACCAAUAUUGCCUCAGAAAAUAAACAUCUACGAGAUGAAAUUCAAAGACUAACAGAGGUCAGCACUUCAGCAGAAACAGAGAUCAAUCGUCAGAGAGUAGAAAUUGAGAGGUUUAGAUCACUCGACUCUCAUUACAGAGAACUGGAAGGAAAAUAUACUGAAUUGCAAAACCAAGUUGCCUCUUUAGAAACUACACCAAGUAGCAAAAAUGUACCUGCCUCUGAGCCAUAUGAUCUACUAGCAGAAGUUGACUGGAGUGCUGAAGGUCAAAUUGAAGACGAACACGUUUUGCAGUCCUCAGCUGACACAAAAUACCAGAAGGAGAUAGAUUGUCUGAAGGAGAAAUUGAUUACAUUAGAAAAGGAGAAGAAUAGUAUCUAUGAUGAACUUCAGGCUGCCAAAUUGAAGAGUGGAAAGAUGUUACAAAAGCUGAAGCUAACACAGAAUAAAAAUGAAGCUCUAAAUAAGGAAGUACAAAAGUUGAAGGCUAAAGCUGGAGGCUUCUCUGAUUUAGACCAAGCCUUGGAAGAGGAAUGGAAAGCUCAAGUUUCAAAAGCAGAGGCAGAGAGAGAUGAAAUGAAACAAAAAAUUGAUGAAAUGGAAUCGGAAAAAGAGAAUUUGGUUAGUCAGAUUGAUGUGCUAACAGCAGCACAAGAGAAGUACUUGGAGCUGAAGGAAGACCAAGACCACACACUGCAGCUUUUGAGGACACAUAACAAAGAACUGGAAGGCCAAGUGCAUGCUCUGGAAUGGAGGGUUUCAGAGUUAGAAGAGAAUCUUGAAGAGCAUCAGAAAACAGAAUCUCCAUCUCCAAGUUCUCCUGCCAUUGUUCAAAGCACACUAGAAACUAAGGAACCUACUCCACCACCAGAAGUUGGGACAUUGUCAAAAGAAGUCUCAGCCUUACAACAAGAAAUUACUAUCUUGAAGUCUGAAAAUAGCAGGUUGGAAACAUAUAAUAAAGAACUAGAGGAGAAGAUUGCACAGCUUAAUACUGAUAAUGAUUCCUUCCAGUCUAUUAUACAAAGUCUCAGAGAAGCUAAGGCUAAAGCUGAAAUAGAUAUCAAGAAUUACAAGACAACCUAUAUCGAACUAGAUUCUGAACACACAUCCUUGAAGAAAGAGAAGGAGAAAGUGAAUGAAGAACUUAAAGAGCUCACAUAUACCCACAACACUCUUGAAGCUGCCUACAACUCCAUGUUCUCUGAGUACAAUGACCUCCGUGAUGUUUGUGACAGCCACAAGCAUGAUGUAGGAAUCCUUAAGGGAGAGAGGGAUCGUCUUGUUGAGGAAGUUGACAGCCUGAAAAAGCAAUUGGUAGCAUUACACGAGGAAGAGGAGGAAGAGAUUAUUCGUGCCUUACAAGAUGAAUGUUUCAGUUUGCGGGAGCAGAAUAACUUGAUGCAUGAGGAGAACACUGCCUUAGAAGUCCAGGCCCAGGAUGCAAAAGAUAAAGCUACACGAGUUAAUUACGCCUUAGAACAGAAUGUUGAGGUUCAGAAACUUCUGCGAGAUGAGUUAACAAAGAAAGAUGAAGAAAUAUCCUUCCACAACACUACCAUUGAUGGACAAGACCGUCAGAUUACCUACAUGAAAGCUGAAAUUGCUGCCAUGAAGUCCAAGUUAGCACAGCAUGACCAGGCUGAGGAGAGCAAUGAGGAGCUGACACAAAGACUUCAGCAGCGAGUUGAACAGUUAGAAGAAGUUAAUCAACAACUGCAGCUUCAGGUUAAAGCAGCUGAAACUUCCCUCACAAAGUUAGCAAGACCAGAGCAAGAGGAUGGUGUUGCUUACACUUCUGUUAACACAAACUCAGAACUUGAAGCAGCUCUGGCCUCUCUACACCUGCGUGACUUACGAUGUCAGCAACUCUCCCUUGAGAUAACAAAGUUGCUCGAGGAAAGAGAUGCUUUACAACUGAAACUUAGUGCUUCCUUAAGGCAAACACAGGAGCUUAGUCGUGAAUUGAGUCUGAGUCACCAGCUCCCUGCACCUGCCUCUCCUGCACCUUCCCUCCACCAGAAACUUGCUGAGCUGAGAGAAUUGAAUGAUUCUCUGGAACAGAAAGCUUUAUCCAGCCUACAAGUAGCAUCUUCAAGUGGUUUAGCUCAAAGAGUAUCAGUACCUGGUCUGGCUGCUUCACCCAUGUUUGUGUCUCACACUGCCCCUCCGACUCCAACAGCCACCAGACAUGCUGACUACACACUUACUCGUGAAACCCAAGGGACGUCAUCUACACUCUUUGAUUGGUUAAUGGGGAAAAGCACACCACGGGUGAUGCAUGUGUGACCAAGGUUGAGGCUGAAUGGAACACAAGGGAAUCAUUCAUCUCUGAUCUAAGCUCGUAAAAAGUCUUGCCCUUCCACUAUUGUAAUCCUAGUAUUCCAUGGUAGGCCUAACUGUAUGUAUCCUAUGUAAAUAUUAGGAUAUAAACUGUGAAGAAAAAAGUGAUGGAUGAAAUCCUUGCCACAAAUAAUAUAUUGGUGACUGCUGUGUGAUGGUUUAGUCAAUAGUAUCUUAAAAUGUAGUAUAAAUAUAUUUCUAUUGUUGAUUCUUUGCAGUUGGUUGGCAAUAAAACCAACUUCAAAACCAUUAACAUUGUUAUUGAUAUUUACCUUUGAUAGUAAAUAGGGUUUCAUUAGUUAUUGUUAUAUUUAUUUUUAUAACGUACACUGUUUCAUGGCACAAACAUCACUGAGAAGUACUUACUACUAUAUCUUCUCCCAGCAUUGGCUGUUAGAUUGUAAGGAUGUUUUCUAUUUUCACAUUUUUUCCUUAUGAUAUGAAGCUUGGGUUAUUGACAGUGUGUUCCUGAGUAUUUCAGAGUUUGAGAUAGGAGAGAAAUUGUUCGAUAAUAUAUUGUCAGUUAGGGAACAAGACAUGUUAGGGAGCAUAAACAAAUGGGAGUGGGUUCAGAUAAAAGCUUAAGAUUGAAAAUGAAAAUGUAAUAAAUAUAUUUUUGUAAAUUAAAAAAACUACAUCAUUGCAAACCUGUUUCAUGCACUUAAUAGAACAUAUGACAAGGGGAUCAGAAGUACCAAAUGAUUUCUGAACAUAGGAGCUGAAAUAUUAAUGGAUAAUAAUGUGAUAUGUUGAGGCUUUCCCUGAUUUGGUAUCAACUUGAUCAGAUAAGAUGUGGGAAAAGGGAUGAGUCUGUUAUGGCAUAGUAGCGAUAAAGCAGUUCUGAAUCAGGCUCUGAAAUGGGGAGAGAGCUCUAGGUAUGCUUAGGCAAUUGAUUCAUGUACAAGGCAGGUCGUCAGAGAUUUAAUAUUGUCCUCUUCUUUUAUAGAGGUCCAGAGAAUAAGAAAGAUUCUAACUUAAGGAAUGCUGGUGUGUGUGUGUGUGUGUGUGUGUGUGUGUGUGUGUGUGUGUGUGUGUGUGUGUGUGUGGGAGCAUCUUGUCUGGGUUACAAGAAUAUAAGCCUGACAUAUACAUAGGUAGUAUGUAUAUCACAUGUAAAUAAUGAUAGUAAGUAAAAAGAAAUUACCAACCAUAAUCUGUAUUUCCUUCAGUAGCUUUAUCAUUUGUAAGUUUAAGUUGUAAUUUGGUGGAGCAGAGGUUUAAUAAAAAACAGUGUAGCAAUAAGUAAAAUAUUAAGGGGGAUGUCUUGUUAGUGAGAGGGAUGCUUUGAUAAUUAGAAUGAGAGAUAGAUGAAACUAGGACUAUAAUAGUGGUAGAAAGGGAGUACAAUAGUGGCUAGGAAAAGGUUAUGUAAGGAGGACUAUAGAGAACAGUAUGAGAAAGUAUUCAAAAGAUCGAAGGAAAUUAUUUGUAGAAAAGCAGUAGCUGGGAAGGGAUAAAAAGUAAAAGGUGUUUCAUUGCAGCAAAAGACUUGUGAAUAGAAGUAAGAUUAGUGUGCAAUUGAUAGAUGAGUUAAAAAAAAAAAAAGCAAUGGAAAAAAAAUGUAACUAAGGAAAAAAAAAACAGCAUGAGACUUUGAAAAGGUAAGUGAAGGGAUUGAUUAUAGAAGAUAAAAGGAGAAUAUAUACAUUUGGUUUAAAGCUGAAUGAUCAGUCUAAUGUCAACCACUUUUUUUAAGUAAAAAAAAAAUAAGAAAUAAAAAGGAGGAGCUUGGAAAUGUAAGAAUGAAGAGAGGGAUGAAGAUCUUGUAGAAAAUAAAGAAGAAAUGGAACGUCUUUGUAAGAGGAUUGUUUGAUGAAUGAGAAGGUAGUAGAUGAAGCAAUAGUGUUUAGUGGAAAAAAAGAGGUCAAGCAGGAAUAGGUAGGGAGAAAUAGAAAGCAUUACCCACAGUGAAGUGUGACAAAGUUGUUGGUAUAGAUAAAAAUAACUGUGUAAAUGUUAAAGAUUGUAAGUGAAGUAAUAGUACAUAUAUUGAAUGCUUCUAAUUUGUUACCCAGCAUGGGGGCAAAAUAUACUAUAUGAGUGAAAUAAGGCAGUUAUUGUAUAUAUAUAUAUAUAUAUAUAUAUAUAUAUAUAUAUAUAUAUAUAUAUAUAUAUAUAUAUAUAAAGGUGAAUGUUGUAGGAAUGAGUGUAAUAGGAUUGCUUUAUGUGCCAGAAAAGUCUGCAGAGAGACAUGAAGGUUAUUGAAAAAACAGAUUCAGGAAAAGAAAAAUUUGUGUUGAUCACAUUAUUGCUGUUAGAAUUAUAUUAGAGGAGUUCUACUUAAGAUGAAAAGUUGUAUGCAAUAUUAUGACCUUUAGAAAGCACAUAAUAAGAUGGAUAAAGAAAAUCUUUAGAGUGUUAUCAAAAUGUAUAGUAUGGGAGGAUCCUUUAUAGAAGGGAUAAAGGAUGUUAUAGGGAUGCAAGUGUACGAGUGAAGAAAGAGCUAGGAAGGAGCUUUGCUACAGGGAGUGAAGGAAGGUAGAAAUGUAUAAUAUUUACAGGGCUGUUUAAUAGUUUUAUGACUGGCUGUA